GCUCCCUCCAUUAACAGGCCUUUCUAAAAGUUCGCUGGACCUAUCAAAUCGUCUCUAUAUAGUGCUUUCCCUGUGACUCUGAGGACAAUUACACAAUUCAGAGAGAGAUAGAGAGAGAAAAUGGAAUCGAAGGCUAGGAUUAGGGUUUCGAGAUCUACCUCCUCCUUCUUCUGCUUCUACUUUCUGAUCUUGUUCGUCGGAUUCAUGUCUUGUUUGUGUUUGAAAAGCGAUGCUGCUGCUGCUGCAUCAUUCAGUUGCAAGAAUCGGACUAUUGCAGAGUGCAAUGAAGAGGACGAGAUGACGAUGAUGGAAUCGGAGAUCAGCCGGAGGUUAAUGGCGGAGCAAAGGAAGUAUAUAUCUCCGGGAGCUCUCCGGAGAGACAAACCGGUCUGUAACGGCGGAGGUGGCGAGGCUUACAGCAAAUCUGGAGGUUGUCUUCCUCCUCCUUCAAAUCCUCAUACCAGAGGCUGUUCGAAGUAUUACCGUUGCAGAUCUGACUCUUGAGAUCUCACAGAAACUGGUUUAUGUCUCAAUUUGAUCCGAUUCUGAUCCUUUUUUUUUUUUUGGCUUUUAAAAGUUGACUUAUUUAGUUGAAUGUCUUUUUAAUUUCGUUGAGGUUGGAGAAGGUACGCGUCUUUUUCAAUUUUAUUUCCAGUAUAUAGGCGUUAAUCUAACGUCAGAUUUUUAUUA